AUGGUUCAAUUUUCCGAGGAAACCAAGGAGCGUGCCUCAAAGGUCAUUGAUAUUUCUCGAGUUGCUAUUCACUAUGGAUACUUGCCUCUGAUUAUCUAUCUGGGCUACACCUAUAGCACCCCUAAGCCGUCUCUGUUCAGGUACAUUGCUGCAAUUCCGGUUGAUCGAUCAGUCUCCCGGCUCGGUGGUUCUCUUCGGAUCAUCCGCAAAAUCUUCUAUCAAGAGGGCGGCUACGCCGCUUUUUACCGAGGACUUACUCCCAAUCUGAUCGGAAAUUCCACGAGCUGGGGUCUGUAUUUCCUAUGCUACAGCAGUUUGAAGGAUACAAUUCGAUUUCAUCGCGAGGAGAGAAGGCAGAUUCUCACAUCGUUCGAUUAUCUUCUCGCAUCUGGGAGUGCAGGCGCUAUUACGUCGGUGCUCACAAAUCCAAUCUGGGUGAUCAAAACUCGCAUGUUAUCAACAGGACCCCAUGCUCCGGGGGCAUAUUCGUCGUUCGUGUCUGGGGCAAGACAAAUAUACCACGCGGAGGGGAUACCUGGCUUCUACCGAGGUCUCAUACCGGCGCUCUUUGGUGUCAGCCAUGGGGCGCUCCAGUUUAUGGCGUAUGAGCAGUUGAAGAUUUUCAGAUCCCAUUCCGUGAACCCCAAUGGCUCUCUGGAGAAAACCCCUUCGGGUGCUGAAAAGGUGCUGGGUAAUCUUGAUUUUUUCGCCAUCUCCAGCCUAUCAAAAGUAUUUGCUGGCAGCGUAACCUAUCCUUACCAAGUGAUCCGGUCACGCUUGCAGACUUAUGAUGCCCAUCUGCUAUAUCGGGGGCCCAUUGAUGUCUUCUCUCGGAUCUGGGCUCAAGAGGGGAUUGCAGGCUUCUACAAGGGACUUGGCCCAAAUAUCUUCCGGGUACUUCCAAGCACAUGGGUCACUUUUCUGGCCUACGAGAAUACCAAGGUGUAUCUGUCUUCUUUGGCGCAAAUAUCAUGA